AUGACAGCCAGAUCAUCUACUCCACGUCUCCAGGAUCCACCAGUUCCUGCCGAAGCUGAUUUUCCCAUGAUGAAUUCAGUCCUCGAACAAGGUGUUCCAUUGGGAGGAACCAUCGUCCCACAGCACAAUGGAAUGCCCCCCUUGGAUGAUCAGAAUGCCACGACUUCAAAGCUGAACGAGUGGGCAAACAAAUAUCGUGGUGCAACCGUCGCCGACUUGGAUCUUCCUCCUGCACUUUCUACCUCACCCGCUACCCCGCUCUCUUCAGCGCUGCUGUCAGCGUCUUCCCAUGAUUAUUCCCACUUAACAGUUGUGUCGGACAACACUCGAUCCCUGCUCGGUUACCUCUCUGUCUCUCAUCUGAAAGAGUUGUUCGAGUCAAGAAAACUCGAUCCUUCAGACCCUGUCUCUAAGGCUAUGGUCAAGUUCCAGCGUGGGGGUGGCAAGCAAUAUCAAGUCAUUACCAUGGAAACAGAGCUGUGGGAGCUUGAGGGAUUUUUUGAGAACCUUGGACCGUUUGCUACUGGUGCCAGUCAAGAUUUUGCUGUGGUCACCGAUGGCGGUCGCAAGUUUGUUCUUGGUGUCGUCACGCGAAGUGAUUUGAACGAGUUCGUGAAGAGAAGACCAGCCUGA